AAGAAGAUAGAGAGACGCUACUGUGAUCGAAAUACAGUCUCUGUUUUAGCAACGCCCUCAUUCAAAAGAUUGCAAGACUUGCUUGAUCGAAUCGACAUGGUGCGAUCUGGUAGUGGUUGAACUGGUUGAACCUGGUUGAACCCAGUUGAACCUGGUUCAACCCACGUGUAAUAUUGUGUGAAACAUUUUACUGACAUUUUUAGGUUAUGUAAUUUCUAGGACAAUUGUGUAUAAUCGUCGAAAAAUAUUCAUAAUUAUUUAAGUUUAAUGCAAAUCUUUGCAAAAAUGUUCCUUUAAUUUUUCCACUGAUCUACGCUACGCAUCUGCGUCCCGUACAUAAAUAUGUUAUCUAUAUUGUCCACGAACAUAUGAAUGUAUGUAGUUAUUGUAAUGUAAUGGUAAAAUGCAAGGCUCCAAAUGUAUAUUUGAAAUAAAUACUUUUGUCAUUUAUCACGCUCUUUAAACUCAAAUAAUGUAACGAUAAUGGAUGACACAACCGAGUCAAAUGUGACGGUCGUAAAUUCGGCUCGUUUAGAUAGGCAACUGACAGUAAAGGAAUCAGGAUCUUGGCUCGACGAACGAUCGAUAAAUGGGAAUCAAGGACAGACGUUUUCCUUUGAGCCAUCCUACUACAAAUUUCAGGAUAAUAUAGUUUCUAUAAGUACCUUCAUCGAUGUAUCAACAAAUGUUCAAUGGUGGAAAGAUGUAUCCAAUCAAAAUAUGAAUAUACAACCUGAAUGUCAACAAGAACCAGUUCCCUCGUCAAACUAUCCAUUAACAAAUUAUUCUACAAAUACUCAGCCAAAUAGAUUAGAACAAGCAGGAUCGCAUGGAACAAAGUCUAUAAUACCUAAGCAACCAAAAAAGCCAAAAACUAUAAGGCAGCAUAGAGAACCUUUAAAACGUACCAAACAUCCAGAGUUAUGGAAGGUAAAUGUAAAGAAAAAUGCUAGACUAAGAGGCGAAGAAUACAUUGGUGUAGGAGGAAGAUUAGUACCAGCUAAAGCCAUGGGACCUCCGUGUAAAUGUCGUAUGCGUUGUAUCGAGAAAAUAGAUGAAUCAGCACGGGAAGAACUUCAUAAUAUUUUUUGGAAAACGUGCAGUUGGGAGCAACGGAAACAGUACGUUGCGCUCUCCGUAAAGGAAUCCCCGAAACAACGUACUCGAUGUCGUGGAAAUGUUAAAUCAGAACAUCGUCGACAAAUCACGUUCACGUACUCGCUUUUAUCGAAAGGAGAAUUUAUUACGGUAUGCAAGUGCAUGUUCCUCAGCACGUUUGCAGUUUCUGAAAAAUUUGUACGACAUGUAAUGGACAAAAAAAGAACAUCCCCUAGCGGAGUCAUAGGACCAGAUCAAAGAGGAAGACAUACACCAAAAACGAAAAAGAGUGAAACUGUUAAAGAUAGAGUACGCGAACAUAUCAAUUCGUUUCCAACAGAGAAAUCAACAAAUUCAAAGGAUCGCAUGGAAAAGAGAUAUUUGGACUCCGCGUUAAGUAUAGUUGCGAUGCACAAACUCUAUGUAUCAAAAUGUAAAGACGAAGGCAUUCCAGAAAGCGAUAUAGUUAAAGAGAGUUAUUAUAGGGAAAUGUUUAAGACAGAGUUUAAUCUUGCUUUCAAACAAACAAAACCUAAGGAGAACGCGCAAUUGAUUAAUUCGACAAUUUAGGAGAGUGGAGACCAGUCGAGAGGAAACACCGCGACCAGUUCAAAUUUAAAAACAGUAUUUAUCGAAUAUCAUCGAACAUCUUUAUUUCACGAUAAUAUUUAUAUGUGACGCACAAGUGUCGACUAUAAAAUUUGUUGUAAAACAUAAAUAUAAAAUGAUACAUAAUUUUGUAUGUAUUUCAGUACAUAAGGCUGUAUUUUAUACUGUAUGUCGUGUAAUCUAUUUAAAGAUUAUUAUUAUAAAGUUUACACUG